AUGUCGGAUGGAUAUUUAGAAAAGCCAAGUUUUGAUUAUAAAGAGAUAUUAGACAAUCAAAUACCAGAAAUAGAAGUUCUUGCAGAAAAACAUCUUGCAAGUGCUCUUGAAAAAUUGUCUUUAUUAGAAAAGAAAACACGGAAAGCAUAUGAUGUUGCAUCUACAUCAAGGUUGUUAGUUUUAAUUGUCCAAUUAUGUAAAAAUGCAAAUGAAUGGAUUUUAAUGUGUGAACAAGUUCAAUUAAUGUCAAAAAGACAUGGGCAGCUAAAAAAAAGUAUUGUUGAUAUGAUUCAAGAAGCAAUGAAGGCUUUUGAAUCUUUGCCAAUGUCUGAAAUUAAACAAGAAUGUAUAACAUCUUUGCGUAGCAUUACUGAGGGAAAGAUUUUUCUUGAAGCAGAGAGGGUAUUUUUAACUAAAGAACUGGCAAAAAUUAAAGAACAACAAAAUAAUAUACAAGAAGCAGCAGAAUUGCUUUGUGAUUUAAAAAUAGAAACAUUUGGAUCUAUUGAUAAGCGAGAGAAAACGGAUUUUAUUCUUGAACAAGUUAGACUUUGUUUAGCUAAAUCGGAUUAUAAUUUGGCAUCCAUCAUUUCUCAUAAAAUAUCCGCAAAAUAUUUUCAAGAGGAAGGUGUUGAGGAUUUAAAAUUAAAAUACUAUGAAUUACUUAUCCGUAUUGGUCUAUAUGAAGAUAAUUAUCUUGAUGUCUGCAAAUAUUAUAAAGCAGUCUAUAAUACGCCUAGUAUUAUUGAAGAUGAAUCUAAAUGGAAAGAUGUUUUACAAAAUGUGGUUUAUUUUAUUAUUAUUUCACCUUAUGGCAAUGAACAGUCUGAUCUUUUGCAUCGUAUAUUAACAGAUCCUCGAUUACCUUCACUUCCAGUUCAUUAUGAGCUUAUAAAAUAUUUUACAAAAAUGGAACUCAUGAGAUGGCCAAAAAUUGAGGAGAUUUAUGGCAAAAUUUUAUGUAAAACUUCUGUUUUUGAUCUCAACGAUGAAAAAGGUAGGAAACGAUGGUCAGAACUAAAAAAACGAAUUAUCGAGCAUAAUAUUCGUGUUAUAUCUAAAUAUUAUUUGAGAAUUCGAUUAAAUCGAUUGAAUAUGCUUCUUGAUUUAGAUGAGAGAGAAACAGAAGAAUAUUUAUCAAAUUUAGUUACUUCAGGUGUUAUUUAUGCACGAAUUGAUCGUCCUGCGCGAACUGUUAGCUUUAUCAGGCCAAAAAGUGCCAAUGCAAUAUUAAAUGAAUGGAGUUGGAAUAUUAGUAGUUUACUAGAAAAAAUUGAAAAAGUCAGACAAAUGAUUUUGAAAGAGGAAAUGCAUGUGAAAAUUAGUGCAUAA